AUGGCACGAAAUUUCAGUGCACAAUUAGAAAAAAAGAAACACGCACAGUAUUUCAAAAGAAUUUUACAAGUAAUGCCAAGUCAAAUGGCUCAAUAUGAUUCGAAUAGAGUAAUGUUUGCAUUUUUUGCUGUAUCAGGACUUGAUAUACUUGAUUCGUUAGAUGUAUUAAACGAAUCUGAAAAAUUAUCAGCUAUAGAAUGGAUCUACAGAUUGCAAGUAACUGAUGCUGGUAUCAGAUCUGGUUUCCAGGCAUCAAUAAUGCUACCUGAUGACACACCUCACUAUCAAUGUGGUUAUUUACCAAUGACUUACACAGCACUUGCUACUUUAUUAACACUUGGUGAUGAUUUAAAACGUGUAAAUAAAAAAUCAAUCUUAGAAGGAAUGCGUGCCUGCCAAAAUCCAAAUGGCUGUUUCAUGGCAAUGAUUACUGAGAGCGAAAGCGACAUGAGAUUUCUUUAUUGUGCUUGCUGUGUUUCUGCGAUACUCAAUGACUGGUCUGGAAUGAACAAAACAACUGCUAUUGAUUAUAUUGUUAAAAGUAUCUCGUAUGAUGGAGCAAUGGGACAAGGUCCAGGCUUGGAGUCACAUGGUGGAUCAACAUUUUGCGCGGUCGCCAGUCUUUAUCUCAUGAAUGAACUCCAUAAUGUAUUAUCCGAAGAACAAAUUAAUAAGCUAAGACGUUGGUGUCUUAUGCGGCAGAAUAGUGGAUUCCAAGGUCGACCUGGUAAACCAUCAGAUACCUGUUACAGCUUUUGGGUUGGCGCAACAUUGCAUAUGCUUGAUGCUGGCCAUUUUAUUGAUCCCGAUGAAAAUCGAAAAUUCAUUUUGAGUACGCAAGAUGCUUCCAUUGGAGGUUUUGCUAAAUUUUACGAUACACGCGCUGAUCCAAUGCAUACUUAUUUAGGUCUAUGUGGCUUGAGUCUCAUGGGAGAACCUGGGUUGCUGCCAAUGAAUGCUGCCCUCAAUGUUUCUAAUCGCGUUUAUAAACAUUUAAAAGAAAUUCAUAAAAAAUGGAAAACUAAUUGA